AUUAUAGGUUUACUCCUUGUAGAUGAACUUCUUGCACGGUUCAUUUUUUCUCUUUUUCUCACUAACACUCGAAAGAAAAAGAAAAAAGGUAACCGUGCAAGAAGUCCAGCUGAAAAGAACAAACUUUUGUGGAACGCACAUGGCGAGUGUGAAACUGUUACCGAUACUUCUGUUUGAAUAAAGUUCACUUAAUUUACAUGUGUAUGAUAAUUGACAGUAAUCAAGUCAUUAAUAAAACGUCAAGGGGAAGUUAUUUUAUAAGAAAUUGAAAUUUAUUUCAUUAUAAAUUAGUUACAUCUGCAAAGCGAGGGUACAAUUAUUGAAUGAUUACUGCUAAAAAAUAGUGCAUUUCACACAAUUUUCUACUACUAGUGCGUGAUAAGGUUUUGUGCUUGCUUUCAUAGUAGGCAGAAUUAUGGUACGAUAUUUGCUUAAAUUUUCGUACAUUGGUACACACUACAGGGGUUUGCAGAGGCAACCUUCCGAAAACUUUAUACGGGAUACGGAUUCCAUUCAAGGUGCUCUAGAAGCUGCUCUAUUAACCAUUGUACCAAGAAGUGUAAUUAGGCCAUCCUUGUGUCUUUCUAGCAGAACGGAUGCUGGAGUUCAUGCUUUUGGCAACAGUGCUCAUGUAGAGCUUGAAAACAAAUAUAGUACGAUAUAUAAAGCAUCAGAUAUAAAACAAAAAGUUAAUCGUUACUUCUUCAACUGCAAUCAUUACAUUAGAUUACUGGACUGUACACCUGUUACAUAUGACUUUCACUCAAGAGCUUCAUGUAAAUCUCGAACUUAUUUGUACAGAUUUAUGAUACCUAAAGUAGAAGAGGAACAUCGAGUAUCUCUUCCAGAAUCAAUACAUACUUUCCACCUAAGGUCACAUAAUUUCAAUAUAGACAGAGCAAGACGUGGUACACAAUUAUUUAUAGGGAAAAAAGAUUUUACUACGUUUAGCGCUAAGUCAGUAACAGAUCGUAAAAUCGAGUACGUACGUUCCUUACAGUCUUUUACUCUCGAAGAAGCACAACCUUUAAUGCCUUUUGAUCCACUGUCUCAAAAUUUUACAUAUUGGCAUUUCAUUUGCAAAGGAAAAUCUUUUCUGUAUAAACAGGUCAGACGAAUGGUCGGUGCUCUAAUCGCUUUAGGUAUGGGACAUAUAACAGAGAAAGAUAUUACUAUAAUGUUACAAGUUCCUUCUCAUCAAAACUUGCAUCCCCGUGUUAUACCUGUACCAUCGCAUGGCUUGCAUCUAUUAAAUAUAGAAUAUGAUCUGGAUGAAUUAAAACGUUGCACCAUACCAGAAGAGGAAGAACCGCAAUCGAAAGAUACAGUCCAGAGAUGCAAUUAAAAGAGCAGAAACAAGAAUUAUAAAUAAAAGAAUAAAA